UCUGAAUCAGUUUUCGAGAUCAGUCUGGACUUUUCUUCACGCAAAGAAAACUUUUGAAAGAUGGUAGUGGUUUCAUAUCAUAUCUAGUUUGGACCCAAAGUUCGUCCAUAAUCAUCUUCCCACCCUUGGAGAUGUCGGGCCAAGAAGAAUUGCUCCUCCUGGAGAGGGUGCUACUACGUUUUGGAGGGGCAGAUACUGACGAGAAGCUGGAAAAAUCCGUUGGUCGCUUCUUAUGCCCCGUCUUGCUGAAACUAGGCACCGAACGCAAAGAUGUCAGAGACAAGACUUUGGAAGUGCUGACGCACAUAAGCAAGCAGCUGAAGAACAGACUGAAGCUGGCCAUGCCGGUUGAUGCUUUACUACAGCAGUAUGAGGACUCGACGUUGUCUAGCUUUGUUCACAAUUUCACUGUUGUAUAUCUCAAGAUGGCUCUGGUGCGCAUCACGCGCGCCGAGCAGCUUGCUCUAGUGCCGCGCCUGCUCUGCUGUCUUGAAGGCAGACCCGUGGCGAAUCAGAACACCCUACUACGUGUAAUAACUCCGCUCCUUGGCUCUGUCGAGCUGCCAGAGUCCCAGAUAGACCGAGCGAGCUGGUUGAUGCUGCGGCAGAAAAGACGAGCUGUUGGCAGUCUCCUGCUGGAGUUUCUGAUCGACUUCCUGCGUUUGCCGUACAAGAAGCCCUCAUUCACUCCUACGUCUGAACAUGGUGAGAAUCGAGGAGGCUUGCAGGGCCUCACUCAUGCCUCCUAUCAGCGUGCAUCAGCCGACUUGAUUGUGUCGAAUGGCUAUUUCGACAAGCUGGAGGAGAUGAAGCUGGGUGCUGUGGAGUUCAUUGCAUCGGGUAUAUUCGCCGAGGAGGACGUGGCGUGCCAUCUGCUUGUGGCGUCCGCCGAUACACACCACAGCGUGGCUGAUAAAAGCGACUCGCAUCUAAAGCGCAUGGUUGGUCCAGAUAUCUGGGAGAAGGCGCCAGUUAUCACGGCUGUCUACAAGCUACUGUUGGGAUCCACAAUGAAUGUGCCGCUAGAUGAGGUCAUGUUAGGUAGCCAGGGUGAUACCAAAUCACCAACACACUGCUCAGUGGCAAGGGAUUUCGUGCUGUUGGCAAUCCUCACCGUACUGCAGCGCUCCAAAGAAGCAGUGGAUCAGAUUGAGUUGGCCGUGAAGGCUUGUGCAGUCUGCCAUUACAGUACUCAGCUGAAGAUUCGAAUUCAGGGCUUGCUUCUACUACAGCACAUCUGUGAACAUUCAUCGGAGGAUAAUGCAACAAAGUAUGGUGCUAGCUUGUUCUCCUAUGUCUGCGAGCGAAUCAUGGAAGAUGAAGAGCCUGUUGCUUUGCGUAGCCUGGCCCUAAUCGCCCUUGGCAAGUUCUCUCGGACGGUGCCAGAACACUUUCGCAAGCGCAUCCACCAGAGGUCUUCUCCGGAAGGAGUUCUGCGUUACAUGUUCAAAACAUUAGAGGAGACUGAGAGCGAGGAUCUGCGGCAGAGCUUUUACGACUGCAUCAUGGCCUUCGCGCCCGCACUCGUGCCAUCAGCCAAGGCGCACUCCGCCGAGUAUAUGAGUCUGCUUGCAUCGUGCCGGAACAGCGAGGUGGCCAAAGUGCGACUGCUGGGCGUGCAGUUUGCCAUCACCGUGCUCGGUGUGAGUGACGUUGCCACCAGUUUUGUACUGCUAGAGCACUCGGCUGACAGUGAUGAAACCGUGCGUCGCGCCUGUCAGCGUGCUAUCUACGGUGUCGUCGAGGACCAGUCUGCACACGGCCACCUGACCAUCAUUCCCAGCCCGGAGCACCUGACCCCGGUCGAGCAAAUCCUCCAGCACCUCAACAGUGCCUCUCGUACAGCGCUGAGUAAUGACAAAGGCUACCGUUCGGCGGGAGUGAUCUUGCCGUUCUCACCCAAAGUCCUGCAACAGAUGUUGCUUUACUGCCAUGCGGCGUUGCUCAGUCAAUACGGUAUCACGCAGGAAGAGUUCACUCUAGGCAACUACCAACGACAGCUGCUUGAGACCUACACUAGCAAGACCGAUCACUCACAACGGGUGGCAAAAUGGACCGAAUCUUGGCAGCUGAUGGAGUAUCUGCUAGCAGGCAAAACACUCGGAAGUGAGUUCCACGUCACUACUUUAGCCUAUCUUGCCGAUCUUAUUUUGCUGGUGCCGCGAGAUGUGGAGACUCAUGUUCGCGAAGUCUGCUUGCCACACAUUAUGCCCUACGUGACUAGCUCUAAUGAAGAAGUGCGUGGCCUAGCAGCCAGGGUACUUGCCUCCUGCACUAUCUGCUGCAGCCUUGAACUGACAACCAUCACCGAUCAACUCAUGGCGGAGAUGCAUAAAAAGGAUCUUGAAUGUAAGCAUGGCGCCAUGUUGGCACUUGGUGCCAUCAUUGCUGGCAUUCCAUACAGCGACCGUGCCAGUGAGCUAACCUCGGCCGUGUGCAAUGGAUUCCUCAAGGAGUUCUUCCUGAUUGUCUGUGGAUUUCUAGACAGCACAUCAACAUCAAUGUACUUAGCUGCAUGUCAAGUGAUCACGGAUAUUGCCAGCACAAUGUCCCUGGAGAUGGUACCUGAUGGAGAGCUGGAGAAAGAAGCUGAAGAGUCGGGAGGACCACCUGCUGCCAAGAAAGCCAAAUCUCCCCAAGAUCGUGAAGCCUGGACCAAGGCCGCUAUUGUGCAAGCUCUGGGCAUGCGAAUCAAGAAAGGCAUGGAGUCUAAGAUUUUGGAGAAGUCGUCGUUGACAUUGGCCUCCCUGUUGGUUGGGGAUAGUGGCAUGGUGCAUCGUCAGUACAUCCUCGACAAGCUGCUGUCGACAAGCAAGAUGGCGCAGGCAGAAGUUCACUUUGUCGUCGGCGAAGCAUUGUCGUCCGUGGCUGUGGGCCGUACAUCGACCUCCGCUCCCGUCUCCCCGGUGAAAUACUCCAUUGUGUGUUAUUCUGCUAAGUCAGAGGACAAGGCAACCACUGAACUUGCACACCUUUCAUCCACCUUGUCAGCCAUCAUGAAGCUCAGCAAGUCAGACUUUGAGUCCAGUCGACAGGCUGCUUGUGUCUGGCUGCUGUGCAUUGUCAAGGACUGUGGCAGCCUGGAUGGCUUCAAGGCGCAUCUCCGCGAGGUCCAGGACGUGUUUGUUACCAUGCUGACCGAGCGAAAUGACAUUGUCCAGGAAGUCGCCUCGCGUGGCCUCUCACUGAUGUUCGAAUACAGCCCCGCCGAGGAACGCGAUCAGUUGCUGGAAACGCUGCGCGAGACCUUGCUCAAGGGCCGGAGAUCUGGUCGCCAUGUUGACAAGAAGACCAAGGUUCUGGAUGCAGAUGUCAUCGGCAAACAGCCGGAUAGUUCUAACCCGACAACGUAUGAGGAGCUGUGUGCGAUGGCGGAUGACUUGCAGCAGCCGAAUCUUGUCUACAAGUUUAUGAACCUGGCAAAUCAUCACGCUAUCUGGAACUCUAAAAAGGGCGCAGCGUUUGGUGUGUCGCUCAUCGCUCAGCAUGACAAGGAGGCAUUGCAAGAGCACAUGGAUGCCAUCGUACCAAAACUCUACACGUAUGGGUUUGAUCCGAACGUCAAAGUGCAGCUGGCCAUGGCCAAUAUCUGGAAAGCACUGGUUACAGAACCACUCAAAAUGAUAGCCAAGCACUUUGCCGCCAUCCUAGCGGAAAUCAUAGGCGGACUGACCCACGUGCAAUGGAGAACUCGCCAGUCGAGCUGCUUGGCUCUAUCAGACCUGCUACGUCGAACGGACAUCCGGCGAGAGCUUGUGGAAGCACUGCCGUUCAUCUGGGAGCAGUGUAUGCGUGUGCGAGAUGACAUCAAGGAGAGUGUCCGAGAAGCUGCAGACUCAGCCUGCAAGUCUCUCAGCAAGGUAACCGUUCGUAUCUGCGACAGUAGCCGUGGUGAGAAUGGUAAGAUGGCAAUCGCUACCGUCCUGCCCGUCAUCAUGGACAAGGGCAUGCUCAGCUCAGUGGCAGAGGUCAAGACUUUCAGCUUGGCUACAAUUCUCCAAAUUGCCAAGAGUGCUGGUGAUUUGCUGAAGCCGCACAUUGCCAAGCUGAUUCCCCUGCUUUUGGAAGGCCUGACGGAGCUGGAGCCCAAGGUGCUAAGCUACGUGGCCCUGCAUGUCGGAGCAGAGAACGAGGAAAUGCAAGAUAAGUUGGAUACAGCACGGAUUUCAGCAUUCAAGGGCUCACCACUGAUGGAUGUUGCAAACCAGUGUUUGUACCAUAUCGACAAGACUGUGUUGGACGGCCUUAUCCCAGCGCUUGUCAUCGUCCUGAAAUCUGGUGUUGGCCUCAGUACGAAAGCUGGCUGUGCUCAGUUUAUUGUGUCGCUAUGCAACCGCUGUGGUGACGACAUCACACCCUAUGCUGGCAAGCUGUUGGCAGCGCUGCUUCAUGGUCUUGCUUCACGGAGCUCUGGCGUCCGCCGUAGCUAUGCGACAUGUACUGGACAUGUUGUCAAGAAUGCCAAGGAGAGCAGCGUUGCAAAGCUAGUUGAAAAGAUCACAGCCUGGUAUAUAGAGAAAGAUGAGGAAGAGCUACAAAUCUCUGCUGCUCUAGCACUGCAUGCCAUGAGUCGUCAUUCUCCGGAUGUGGUCCAACGGCACUCCUCUGCCAUUCUGCCUCUCGUGUUCCUUGCCAUGCAUGCCAAGACCAAGCCACCCUCAACUCAAGAUGAGCAGAACUCGCUGGACACGGUUGCACUGUGGAAGGAGAUCUGGCAAGAGAACACACCCGGUACUGAAGGUGGUGUGCGUGUCAAUCACAGCGAGAUCAUGCCUAUGCUUAUUGAUGUGUUGAACACAUCGUCAUCGUGGGAUCUGAAGCGUCAGUCUGCAGCUGCAAUGUCAACGGUGGCCACCAAGCUAGGGACUGGCCUUACUGAUGCAACAAGGGACAAUCUCAUGCUAUCAUUGAUCUCGGCACUCGACACACACAUGUGGAAAGGAAGGCACGCUGUGUAUCAAGCUGCAACGGAUCUUCUGUGCGUUCCUCUCUCGGAAGAGAGUAAAACACCGGCCAGAAUGGAAACAGUGGGCAAGUUAUUGGAUUCCAUGCUGGCGCAGUGCAAGAAGAAACGCUAUAAGAGAGAAGCUGUGCAGUGCUGUGGGCAAAUCCUGUCGGUCGUGUCGCUCGAUCGACGGUCGACUGUUAGCAGCAUUGUCGCCCCCAUCAUCGAACAGGACGCAACAAACAGCGACUCCGACGACGGUGCAACGACUUCGGAACGAGAGAGCCAGCGAGAGCAACUGCGCUCUGCGGCCUUCACCCUGGCUGGGCAAGCGUGGCCCAAGGGCUUCACAACGAUUGAUGAAGGCAGCAAGGACAUCAUGGAGCGUGCUAUUGCAAGUUUGGAGAUGUCGCCAUGGCGCGUGCGAGUGGCCAUCCUGAACACUGUCUCUGAAUUCUGUAGCAGGUGCAGUGUGUCUAGCCUGGCCGGCACGGACAAGCCAGUGGUGAUGGCCCUCGGCUUGAAGAUGCUAGAGACGGUGUGUAAGCACAUCACCGACGCCAAGUUCACUGCCGUCCAGUCGGCCUCCAUCAAGGCUGUCGACCAGAUUCUGCAAAUGUCAGCAACCGGAGAGUUUGGCUUGCUGAGCGACACGGGGAUCAAGCAGCGUCUCCACCAGCAGAUCAUGGCACUGCUGACACUGCGAUCAGCGUCCGUACUGCAUCCACGCUGCAAGGACAUUCUUCAGAAGUACUUCAGCUAGUCAGCCUGCAAGGUAUCGUCGUGUUCCUUAGGCAGUGCACUAUUGUUGUUAUUACAGGCAUCACAUGGUAUCUAAGCUCUCUCCUAUGUCUCCUCUGCCCGGUGACAAUCUACUGCAGGUCAUGCAUAAUAACAUGUAUGGUCAUGUAGCUGUACUUGCUGCCAUGCAUUGUGCAUUAUGCUAGCACAGUGCUCAAUAGACCAUGGACUGUGAGGACAUAGGUGCAGUGAUGUCAUCGGCAUGAUGUCAUAGGUAGGAUGAUGUCAUGCACAUGGUGUCAUCCCACUUGCUGAGUGGCAAUGCGAACUGCAUCACAAGCGGUGGUGACGUACUCUGGCCUUGCUGAGAGCUCUCCGUCCACUCAGAACACGCUCUAUGCUUGGAGUCUAUGCAGGUAGAUCAUUAUCUGAGAUGUGUUAUACGGAAUGGCAUCGCAAACACUGGAUACAAGACGUACACAGUGAUUUCAUUCACAUAAACAUGAAAGGCAUACAAACACCAUGAAAUACCCUCUACCCUGAAUUAUAGAAAAUACCGUGUCCGCAGCGGUCUUCCCAAAACACACCACCCACUGUCUGUAUAUUCUUUUUGGCUGCUGGUUCAGCUGUCACUGAAUACUCUCUCGCCUUCAAUUAUUCAAUGUUCUUACAAUAUACUUUUUUUUACCAUCAACAGUGAAUAAACACACACAGUCAUGCAACUGCACUACCUUUCACAUGCUGUUACUUCCGUUUGCGUUGCAUCGCCCUACUGCCGUUGUUCAUAAUUUAAAAAAAAAUGUCACUACUCAAAUCCUUGUCGUGUGGCAUGUAAACAAUGCUGAUAUAUUCAAGCACCAGCAGGACGUUUGUUUGGUUUCACUGCAAAGUUGGCCAAUGGCUAUGUAAUGCUAUGUCUUUCAUACUUUAGCUUUCGUUACAUCUUUGCCUUUGUGGACUGCUGUGCAACUUCAUUUUGCACGUCGCUCUCAUUCCUUUCUCCCCAACACGUGUUCGGCUUACAUGCACUUCAGCUAUACAUUUAUACCAAGAGCACAUACCCCAAGAUUUUAGCCGCUGUGUACACUGCUGUCCCCGCAGAAUUUCAAGUUGACGUCGUAAAAUUGUUAUGAUGCAAUGCUCCUGUCUUCAUGGGGGAUUUACAACGUUUGUAUUAAUAACCGCGUGGGGAUUUCCACCACAUGUCCAGAA